AAAAUGCACGAGCUCCUCUCCCUGAGUGAGCCACUCAUUCACGACGAACGAAGCAUGUCGCCGGUUGGAAAGGCACUUGGGCUACAAACCCUUUCGGAGUAAUGCUCAGACUAUUCCAGUGUUCACGUCCCGCUUCCGACACCACUCCUCUCACCCCAGGGAUUCCAUACCCUCGUCGUCCCACCGCAGAACUUCGACACCCCAACGCAGAUCCUAAAGCGACAGGUCACAGCACCGGUGCUGUAAGAACACUAUCACGACAGUUCGACGGGUCAUCUUGGACGGGCUUGUCAAAUGGCUUUAUAAGUAUGUUCAUUUGCAAUGGCAUGCCGCCACCAACCCUGAAAAGAGCUAUCAUACACGGGCAAAGCAUGUCGCAUAAACCAUCCUCUCUGUCGACUCCCAAUCGGUGUGGCCGGCGAGAGCCGCCUCCCAAAGAUGCACACGACCAUUGCAAAGCACCAGAGCCUCGUCAGUCAUCAAGCCCUGUCCGGCGUUCGCUCCGGCCGCACGAUCUAUGCAAAUGGGAAAGGCCGGAAUUAUACCAGUACUCCCAAAGAGAACGCAGGCGUCAAGAGUCUACUACCGCGGUGGCCGUCCACGCCGAAUCGACCACAGACGCACCCACUGCCAAAGGUGUCGGUUGCUCACUACCUGCUACUGAGAGCGAACGCACAAUCACGAAGAACGCAAGGAUAGCGUCUCAAAAGCAUGAAACGGGAAGUCGGCCAUGACAACCCAGCCGGGGAGGAAAGCCAGAUAAUGGAGAACCGCUACCUUCG